AUGAUAAACUCGGGAGCUGUCCGACUCAGUGCUUUUAAAGGGUCAUCAAAGGCACCUGAUGUAUCAAAGCUAGUUUUCAGAAGCAAAUUGCCUAUUCUAAGUGAUGAAAAACUAUCAUUGAAGGUAUUGCUUUCCGAGGCAAAAAAACGAGAGCGGGCCUUUACGAAUAGAGGACGCCGGAAUCAGUUGCGCUCAAUGGGAGAAGCCAAGAAUUUGCUUCAAUAUAUGUUCAAUUCAGUCGCAGAUGUUAGGUGCUUUAUUUGACAUCAAUUUGUUUUUUUCUCUUCUAUCAGAAGAUUAAUAACUUUUAUUAGAAGAUACUUAUGUAGAAUACAAUAUUUUGGUUUUUUAUAGUUUAUUAGUAGUAAAUUCUAA